UGCGUGCAAGGAGCUCACUUGCAAGCACUCAGCACUUACAUCUAGCGCAUCAUUGAUCAUUUGUUCGACUACCAAAGUACUCUUAAGUAUUGAAAGUGAAAACUAUUGAGGUUACAGUACACUUGUGUCUUAAGGACGGCUAAAACUGGCCCGUGUUUAUGUGUCCUCGGAAGUGAAGUUUCCUGUCCAGUAGGACCUGUAGUCCUUAUCAGUCUGUCACAUUCUACGGGUUCCAAAGGAAAACAAACACCAGGAAACGCAGAGGUCAUCCUUCAGCUGCAUCCUUUGCCUACGACUGUUCGGGAGCCAUGGCACCUCUCUGGGUAUUAUGGGUAGCUACUGUUUUGACACCAAGUAGUACUCUAACUUCGGCAGCGCUGUUAUCAGAAGAGAAACAACCAGAGAAAUACGAAGGACCUCUUCUGUCGACUUUCAAGGGCGUUAACCGAGAGUUCAUUCAAAACACAGACGGAACAUAUCACUUCUCCUUCUCGCUCCCCCAGCAAGAUAGAUACGAAAAUCGUGAUGCGGAUGGAAAGGUCACUGGAUCCUUCUCUUUUGUGGACAACAGCGGUGAGGAGAUCUCCGUAAAAUACGAUGCCGAUGACAAAGGAUUCCGCCCGGAGAGCGAUGCCCUUCCCGAAAUUCCCGAAGAUACCGACGACGUGCAGAGCGCCCGCGAACAGUUCCUGAGGUACUACGAACAAACGAAAAAGUUCCUCGAGAAUUUGGGCUCUGACGAGGAUUCCGACGACUCUUCAUCAUCCGAAGAAUCCGAUGAAUACGACGACAAUGAUGAAGAAGACGAAAGUGACGAGGAGGAUGAUUCCGAUGAAGACUCUGAUGAGGAGGAUAGUGAAGAGGAAGAAGAAGAGGAUGAGGAUGAGGAGGAGGAGGAGGAGGGGGAAGAAGAAGAAAAGGAGAACGAGGAGGAAGAGGAGAAUGCUAACGUCCUCAGUUUCACCACACAGCGGAAGUCCAGCAGUGACUUCGGAAGACGCAUCAGGCAGCAGGACAUCUCCAGAGCUGCCGAAACUGUUAAGCAGAAACGACGUGCAAACAGCAGGGCAGUUUUUCUUCCUUUCCCCAUAGCGGACCCCAGGUCUGUUUUUGGUAGAAGGACCUCUUUUAUGAAACAUUAAAUUUGUAAGUUCUUGUCAUCCUUAAGACAUAGGAAGUAUAAAAACUUCCGUUACUCAUUUAUUGAAAAAUACAUCUAGUCCUAAUGUUUAAUCUGAUUAGUUGAGAUGAUAAAUAUUUAAUCUUGUAUUACUUAUUUUAAAACAAUUAAACAAAUGAUUCUUACAAAAUAUCAUGAGAUUUUAUUCUUAUCUCGUAUCUUUAAUUUUAUCUAAUCAGAUUAACAGUGAGAUGUUUAUUUUUUGAUAGUGCCAAUUAAUCUCAUUAUUAUAGUUCUCCAUUCAUCUAUAAGAAAUUAUAUUUUAAUCUUUUUCAUCACUAUCCUCUUCAUUAAUACAUAGAAAAAAUGCAUAAAAAAUAUAUAUUUUGUGAAUGUCUGUGUAUGAAUGUAACGAAAGAGUUGAUAUAUUUUUGCCUGUAUUAUUCAUUGCUUUCACCAUCACGCAUAGGUAACGAUGGCCAAUGCCAGUUAUAUUCACAUUUUUACCAUAUUUAAAGAUAUUUAUUUAUUACUCUAUGUUUUCAUGUACUGCAAGUGCUUUUCACGAUAUUUUUCAUGAAUGUUACCAAAUGUUUUUCACGAUUUACAGAAAAGUCUUCUCUCCUGUGUAUAACAGAUUUGUAAACAUAAUCCGAGAACAGCAGAUUUCACAAUAAUUAUAUCUUAGUAGCAUUGGACGUAAAUAAGCAGAUCUAUUUAAACUGUAAACAUUACAACUCAUCAUAACACCAGCGAAGUUCUUUGAAAGUUCUCAGCAUCCAAAAUUUUUAAACUUUUAGUCCUUGCACAAUGAUUAGUUCGAGUUAUUUCUAGCGAGAAUUAUUAUUUACUUAAACUAUAUCAAACAUUCAAAUACAUUAUCGCUUUACUAUUUUACUGUAUUGAAAUAAUUUUGAAAAGUCAUGUCAUUAUUGAAAUUCUAAUAUAUAAAAUCUGGUAACCACAUAAUUUUCAGUUACAGCUGUGAGAUUUUGCUAUGUGUGUAUUUGUGUCUGUCUGUAAGUUUUAGAUAGUAUAAUGUAUCCCAAAAUAUUUUUGCAAAUAAAGACGAGUAUGAU